AUGGAAGUUCAGUCAGAAGGAGCAGAGGCCGAAUAUACAGUGCAUUUGUCAAAUCACAACAGUUCAAAGCAGAGGCCGAUAACAGUGGUUCAGUUCAAGGAGCAGAGGCCGAAUAUACAGUGCAUUGUCCAAAUCAAACAGUUCAUGGAAGUUCAACGGAUAGUGGUUGUUAAGUUCAGUUCAGAAGCGACAGAGGCCGAAUAUACAGUGCAUUUGUCAAAUCAUAACAGUUCAUGGAAGUUCAGUCAGAAGGGAGCAGGGGCAGAUAUACAGCAGUGCAUUUUCAAUAUAACAGUUCAUGGAAGUUCAGUCAGAAGGAGCAGGAGGCCGAAUAUACAGUGCAUUUGUCAAAUCAGUUCAUGGAAUUCAGUCAGAAGGAGCAGAGGCCGAAUAUACGGUGCAUUGUCAAAUCAUAACAGUUCAUGGAAGUUCAGUCAGAAGGGAGCAGGGGCCGAAUAUACAGUGCAUUUGUCAAAUCAUAACAGUUCAUGGAAGUUCAGUCAGAAGGGAGCAGAGGCCCAAAUAUAA